AUGGUGGGAGGGGUGCAUCAGAAGCAUCUGCGUGCAUUCCUUCAAAUGAAAACCGGAAGGACAGCUACUGUUGCUGUGGCGUUGGCGCAUUGCAAGAAUGGGUCAAAAGCUGGGGUUCCAUUAGUAACCCUGGGCUUCUAUUGUUUUGCACAAGUCCGCCCAACAGCGAAAGACAGUUCUCAUGAGCUGGCACCGUCACUCGCAAUGGCAGGCAGCAUUCGGCUGCGAAGGGUGUCUCCCUCGUGCGUUAGACCUCCCUAUGAGGUGCCUGUCUUGGCUCUUCCGGCUGUGGAGUGUAAGGUGGCAAGGAUCAAAGGCGCCCCUUGUGUUCCCCUGGUGGGCGGACUCUAA